AUUUAAAUUUAUCAGAUGUCGGAUAGUGUCAAUUAAGAAACUGAGCAAUAAUCUUCAUCGAAACAACCAUAAGAAUCCAAUUCUGAAGUGAAAGUUACAACAACAUGGGAGAAAUCUUCAAAAGAACUUAUCAAUUAACAUCAAAAUAAAAUGGAUGCAUUUAAGUCCAUGGCUGAUUAAACAGGAACAAUAGAUGAAAGUCAUUUUUCAGUUGGAGGAGAAUAGAAAUCUGAAAUAUUUAAAAAGUUUGAUGCUGAUCAUGAUGGUAAAAUAACAUAACAAGAAUGGAAUUUGGGAUGGAAUAAUCUUGAUGUAUAAGUUUUAGAGACAUAACACAAAGUUGCAAUAGCAUAAUAGAAAAUGUAAAUUUUAGAUGCUUUGGAUGCAAAAGUUGAACCAGGAUUAAAUAUAAGUUAAAAAUCUUAUAGCUAAUAUAAUAAUAUGGUUGAUAGAUUUAAAAAUACAUCAACACUAGGUGAUUUAACUGAUUUGUUUAAUAAAUAAUCAUCUUUUUAAGAAGAAUAAUAUUAAGAGAAUAGUCAUUUUGACUAUAGAUAAAAAGGAAGCAAUAGACCUUUAGAUUAAUUAUUAUAAUAAUUUAAAACUCCUAAUAAAACAGAUAUUUUUGUAGAAACUGGUAGUGGUUCUGGAUAAUACAAAGGAAGUAAUAAACAGAACUAAAAAUUUGGAUUUGUUUAAGGAAGUGCUUCACCAGGAUUCAAUCCUACUCAUUUUAAAAAUGAUAAUUAAUAUAAUUCAAAGGUUUAAUAACAAAUGAAUAUUAAUAUUGAUAUAAAGGAUAAAAAUAAAUCGAAUAAACGAAGAGAUGAAUUAGCAAAUUAUAUGGGAAAAUUAGGAUUAGGAGGAAAUGAUUCUCUUUAAAAAACCACAAUAAGUGCUGAGUAACCAAAUUCUAGUAAAAAUAAAAUAAAUAUUUAGAUGUUUUUGAAAGAAUGAAAGUUUAUGUUAGUAACAUUGGAUCACAGAAUACUAGAAAUUCAUAAUAAGCUGGACUUAAUGACCUUGUUAAUGAUAAAUCAUUUAGUACAAGCACAUUUAAAUAGCAAUUAAAAUAAUAUAGAAAAGAUUAAGUAGGAGAUAAACCAGAAUAUUAAGGUAUAAAAUUGAAACCCUCCAACUUCAUAGAGAAUCCAUUAUUACAGGAUUAGUCUCUUAAAAGUUUUCACUUAAAGCUUAUGCACUCUUAAGGGGCAUUGCACAAUAAAUAUACUAGAAUUUGA